CGACCCACUUAUAUGUCGUGUCGUGCCCGUGCCCAUAAAGUUUAAAUCUAACACGACUCAUAAAUUAUUUGUGCUCGUGCCGAACUGACCCAUUUAUUUCGUGCCCGUGCCGGCACGGCCCAGUGCCAUGUACACCCAAAACCCGCCCCUCUCUCAUUCUCCCAUUUGGCGGUUGCCAAACACACGCCAAGUCAAGCGAGUAGGUCACUCAUUCUCCCCAAAAAAAACUCCAGUGCCAGUACCUCCUCUCCUCUCCUUGUACCAAAACCACCACCAGCUCCCCCCUCCUUCCAUCCCAAAUUCCACCAAAAAGUCCAUAUCACGCCACCGAUUCCUCGUGAUUUGCCGCCGGGGAUACAAAAUUCUCCUCUCCACCAUGUCCGCCGAGCACGACGACGCCGUGUUCGACCUCGACGACGAUGACGAGUCCUCCCAGUCUCAGGACGACGACGACGAUCUCGAGAACGAUGGCGUCCUCGUCGUCGAAGAGGACGAGGAAGAUCUCAAUUCCGUCCCUUCCCCUUCCACCCCUUCCCCCGCCUCCAUCUCCGCAGCGGCCUCCUCCCUCCCGAUCGCCGUCCCUUCCGCCUCCAUCGUCACCCUAGCCGCCGCUCCCAACGGCGCCGUCGAUCCGCACAAACUCCUCCCCUCCGAUUACUCCUCGGCCGCUGCCGUCCUCCCGGACGCGGUGAAGCGACCCCGCCUGACGCUCGUCCCGGUGUUCGAAGAGCAGCGGAAGCCGACUCCCCAGCCGCUCGACAAAUCGCGCCAACUGUUCCAGCGGUUGUGGACAGACGAGGACGAGAUCGAGCUGCUGCAAGGUUUCCUCGAGUACUCGAACCAGCGCGGCGGCGGGAGCCACCACGACACGGCGCUGUUCUACGACCAGAUCAAGUCGAAGCUCCAGCUGGAUUUCAACAAGAAUCAGCUGGUCGAGAAGCUGCGGAGGUUGAAGAAGAAGUACCGGAACGUCCUGAACAAGAUCGGUUCGGGGAAAGAGUUCUCCUUCAAGACCGCUCACGAUCAGGUCACGUUCGAGAUCUCGCGGAAGAUCUGGAGCACUACGGGAAAGCUCGCGAGCGUCGAGGAUGGGAAUUUGGACGACGAUGAAGGGAACCCUAAUCUCAACAAUAACAACGAUGGCGGUGGCGGUGAGGAUCAAAAGUCCACGCCUCGGCCGCGAAAGCGCUCCCGAUCUCGCUCCCUAGCCGCUCCUCUCACUCUCACCGCCUGCGGUGGCGGUGGUAACAGCAUCGUUGCCGCUGUGGCCGCCACGGCCGGCGGAGGAGGCAACCUUGGGGGUAAAGUGGAUGAUAAGCGUGUAGUGGUUAACGAUGGGGUUGUUUCCAAUAACAACGACGUGAGCAGUAAUGCUCAUAGCAAUGUGAAUGUGAAUGUGCCUAGUUUGAUUGAGGAGACUGUGAAGAGUUGUUUGUCGCCAUUGUUUAAGGAGUUGUUGAGCAAUGCUAUGGCCGCUCCUGGGGCUUCGUCUGGGGGGAGAGGAAUUGGGGGAUUGGCCAUGAAUGCAUUUCCAUUGAGCUUCGGAGGAGUGGAGAUGAUGGCUGAUGAGAAGUGGAGGAAGCAGCAGAUAUUGGAGCUCGAGGUAUACUCGAAGCGAUUGGAGUUGGUUCAAGACCAAAUUAGAUCACAGUUGGAGGAGCUGCGCUCGGUGGGUCGGUAAUCUAAUCGGUUGAUGAAUUUGGAGUAAGUUUGCAGCAUAAAAAGAGUUUCCUUUUAGCUACUGGAGGUGUUUGAAUGACUAUGUAGGGGAAGCAGGAGCUAAAAAGCAUCGGCAUUUUUUAUCAGAACCUUUCUUUUUUAUGUGUUUGGGUUAAUAUUAUUAGUUAUCUGGUCUUCUUUUCCCGGGUUUAUUUGACAGAACCAGAUGUUGAAUAACUAGUCUCUGAUUGAUCUUAGUGUCUAGAGCUCAUAGUCUCUGUUCUACAUUGUAGAUAAUCGCUUGAUGCGUAGAUUGGUAAUCACUAAUAAAGACUUGGACUUGUUAACUUAAUUACUGCAGUUUAUGUAAGCUUCCUUUUCCUCUGCUGUAAUCAUGUGAAGGGCUUCUUGUUCGUUCUCGCCUUUCUCCUCAGCUUUCCUCAGGACUCUCAAUUUGCAACCUUCGAUUAUCAUAAUAGUUUGUCUAUAGUGUGUACAGGCUGAACGACUGAUAAUUUACCUCCUGUGGCUGUGGGAUUGCAUGUUGACCAUUCUGAGUUGCAUCCUGAUUUCAUUAGGUUCUCUUUCUGCCUCUCUGCAAUGUUCAUUUCUGGCUGGCCAUUCACUUGGUCAUUAGAAGAGCAGAAUCUGCAGUUUCGCGUUGUGUCUCCUUUUGUGCAGAUGGAAUUUUUUCUCCUGGUCGAGUGACUGAAAGCUAGCUGCUCGUAUGUGAUUCGCUAUGGAAACUGUUUCAUGUCGGCUGUUUCCGGGCUAUCUCUUCUCUAGUAAUGCUGUUAUGAUCUGUUUGUUUAUUUUGAGGCUUAACAGGUUGCGGAGAAUCGUAAAGUGUUGGUCCUGCCUUGUAAAGCUCAUCUGAUCUUGGCUGAGGCUGGUGUUGAUGUUAGGUUAGCAACUGCUUCAUUCAGGUCGGGUUUGCUUUGGUAUAGCUUAGCUACUUGGAAAUGGAACAGCAAAAGGCACUUUUUGAUUCUCCAUCUCUUGACCUUUCUUUUCCUCAACUUUCAAUGUUUUGCUCUUUUUAUAUGCCAAUCUUUUUCACAAUUUUGUGUGUUUGCAUGAUGGUUUCUGCCUGGUGUGUUUCAUUUUCCUCCCCUGCCAUUUUCUUUGUAUACGAAGUUCAAUCAAAUAACAUACCUCCGUUACUUUUUUUUCUUGUUCCUCCUAGCUCCUGUGUUCCAGUGGUGAAGGAUUCUUCAAGCAUUUGUUGAUGUCCUUCAACUAUGUCCAAUUAUGAAAUCUAUUGCUGACGGGGGUAGCACCUUGUACGAUUGUGAAAUUGUGAUCCUUGCAAAACACGGAUGAAUAACAGCCGUCUUGUUUGUGUGCUCAUGAUUUUCUUCAACUGGACUGCUGGUUGUGGUCUUCCUUGAGGAGCUUUCUCUCACUGCCCGGCUCUAUUCAGCGGCCAAGCUGGAAUGCCAAACGUGAAACGACUACCUUGAUUGAUAAAACUGACUAAGCGAAAGGCAGCGCCUAAAAUUAGGGGUAGAUCCACCCACAAAUAAUCCGACCUGCAAACCGUGUGUGAUUGAUGUAGAUGGAUUGCGGAUUGAUAAAUCUCCCAUACCCACUUAUGUGGGUGGGUGGUGGGUGGAUUGUGGGUCACCCGAAUGACAUGCAUUCUAUUUUCACAUGAAAAAAUAAUAAUAUUUGUUUGACUAAUAUUAUUGGUUAUUGUGUUGUCUAAUAUCCAUUACAUUUGGAUAUUGUAAUGUAAAUUAUUGUUAAUAUCCAUUAAAUAUUAGGAUGAAAACUAUAAAUUAUUAAUUUAAUCAAAAUUACAAAAUGCG